CCCCAUCUCCUCCCCAUCCCCAUCCCUCUCCUCACUGAGACCACCCAUUUCCAUCUCCGUAACUUCGCCCGACUUCACCCCGUCUCAGCUCAUCCACUGCUGAAACCCUCAUUCCUGCCUUAGUGACCUCCAGAAUCGGCUAUUCCAACACACUCCUGGCUGCUCCCACACUCUCCCCUCUGUAAACCUGAGGUCAUCCAAAACUCUACUCAAGUCCUGAUGAAGGGUCAUACGGACUCGAAAGGUUAACUGUGCUCCUCUCCGCAGAUGAUGUCAGACCUGCUGAGUUUUUCCAGUACGCUGAUCCUGUCCUGCCAAACAUGUUUGUUCUGGUGGAGAUGGUGGACACGGUGCGGAUCCCACCCUGGCUUUUUGAAAGGAGAUUAAAUGAUGCCAUUGCUGAAGAGCUGAACAAAAAACUGGCAAACAAGGUUGUAUUUAAUGUCGGCCUCUGUAUCUGCCUGUAUGACAUUACCAAGCUGGAAGAUUCCUACAUUUUCCCAGGGGAUGGUGCCUCUCACACCAAAGUACAUUUCCGAUACGUGGUCUUUCGACCCUUUCUGGAUGAGAUUAUAACUGGCAAAAUCAAAGGCUGCAGUCAGGAUGGAGUCCACGUGACCCUGGGAUAUUUUGAUGACAUCCUCAUCCCUCCAGAAUCCCUGCAGCAACCAGCCAAGUUUGAUGAGACGGAGCAGGUGUGGGUGUGGGAAUACGAGACUGACGAGGGUACACACGACCUUUACAUGGAUGUCGGGGAGGAGGUCAGACUCCGAGUGGUGGACGAAACCUUUGUAGACACCUCCCCCACUGGGCCCAGCUCAGCUGACAACUCGAGCUCAACUGCCCCAGCAGAGGAGGCCCAGAGGAAGGAGUCUCCCUACACGCUGACGGGCUCCAUCAGUGAGCCGGGACUGGGGCUCCUGUCGUGGUGGACGAAUGGUUAAUGAGCAGGACUCAAGGCUGUCACUUUGAACGCAGCACGAACACAAUAACUGCCUGCACGGAGCUGCAACUGAAUCUGGCCUUGCUUAGCCAAGCGAUUCCUGAAGGGUUCAGUCUUCUGAGACGAGGACAGACACUGGAUGUUUAACGAGAGCAGGAAGCAUCUGGCGAGCAAGAUCCAGCUGCAACAGAGUGCAUUUUACUAACUAGCAAAUAAACAUGAUGAAUGUUCAAAGAGUGGAAAGUGAAAAUGACUUCCAAUAAAGAAUAUGUAUUUGCUUUGAGGCAGUGUUGACUACCUCACGAUGAAGAGUAACGGUGUGUGCAGUACUAGCCUUGCACUUACUGACUUAAUAACAGCCUAUUUAAGCAGUAAAUUAAACAAGUUUGAUCAAUG